AGGUGCUACUCGCAAACAGCAUUUGCCCCAACAGUCUGUUGAGGCUAUAACGGGGCAAAUCUUUGGUGGUGGUGGUGGUGAUGAUGACGGCGGUGACGACGCCCGCGCUCGCCGCGUGCUGGAACCUGGCGCCUUGCCGCUUCCUCCUCGCGCCGCCCGCCGCUCGCUGGCGGUCACUGUCGGCGAGGACGGCGAGGGGCUGGAGGAGGCCGAGGGAGCCGGAGUCCCCCCUCGGGAGGCCGCAGGACGCGACUCCGCCCGACCAGCUGGGGCCACGUGGAGCCGCGCGUGGUCGGGACACGUGGAGGGCUGAGCGCGGUGCGGUGCUGGGCGUGGGAGAUCUGCGGUUCGAGAGAGCGGGUCCUGACGACAAGAGGCUCAGGACGGUGGUGACAAUUGCCAAGUCACGCCAGUACCGGGAGAAGCACGGCAAGAUCUUGCUGGAGGGCACGCGACUCAUUCGGGACGCGUUGGAAGCUGGUGCAGUUCUGCAGACGAUAUUCUUCGACAGCGUAACCCAGCUGCAGGAACUGCCCCUCGAGCUCAUCGCCAGAGCUGCCCUCAUCCGCGUGCGCAUGAGGGACAUCAGGCUGUGGUCGGACCUUGUCACCCCGCAGGGCUUACUGGCCAUCUUCAGGAGACCUGACUAUGCAUCUGACAAGGAGCUGAGGAGUAGGGCAGAAGGCAGUGAGUGUCUUCCCAUCUCGCUCGUGUGUGACAACGUCCGUGACCCUGGGAACAUGGGGACCAUUAUCCGCUCGGCCGCUGCUGUUGGCUGCUCCAAGGUGCUUCUUAUCAAGGGCUGCGUCGACGUGUGGGAGCCGAAGGUGUUGCGAGCCGGGGCCGGUGCUCACUUCCGCGUGCCGCUGCUGCCCUGCCUGCGCUGGAAGGAUGUGCCGGAGAUCCUCGGAGUGCACACCGUGGUGCACGUCGCUGACAACCGGCCCAUUGGGCACACGUUAAGUGCACUCGACGACGAGGACGUACACGACAUGUCUGGCGAUGAAGGUUACGACGACGAAGACGACGACGAAGACGACGACGAGAGAGAAAAAGAAAUGCUGCGCAAACUAUCGUCCAUGCCAGCCCACGCCUACACGCGGCCGUGGGCCGGCUCUGGCCCCGGCGGUGAAGACGGCGCACGCGAGACGGCGCUGGUCGUGAGCGGAGAAGCGCAGGGGCUGGGCGUUGAGGCCCUGCGCCUGGCCGAGGGCACGGGCGGCCGCCGCCUGCACGUGGGGAUGGCCGCCGGCGUGGAGAGCCUCAAUGUGGGCGUGGCGGCCAGCGUGCUGCUAUUCGAGGCGCGACGGCAGCUGACGAUGGGGCGCCGCGAAGCCGCGGCUCAGGGCGGCGCGGGGUCGCAAGCGAGGAGGACGCGCCGCUGACGACGCCGACGAUUGCGGUCACGGCAACACGGUGUCCUUACAGAUGUCAACGGCUUUAGAUAUGCCUUCAGUCAUCAGUGGAUAAAAAUGGCUUGAGGAGGUGACGUGGCCUUUUGCGCACGGGUCGGCAAGCAUUUUUGUUCGAAAAAGAUGGCUCUUCUUGCAUGUGGUGAAUACGAGACCGUGGUCCUCAAUAAAGAACGUCACGAAGCAGCUCCUGAGCCGCAGGCUGGUGACCCCUGGCCUAGCUGUAGCGCGUUCGCCGCUUGUUGCAGAGAUUCGCGGUUCUGAUGCAGUGGCCGCCGUGGUCGAUGCCGUGGGUGUAUAUUAACCGUUAAACGCACCGUCUGCUUCACAGCGGGCGAUCGCGGAACGUCGUUUUUCAAAGAGUAGGCCGUUCAAGUUCUGUUCUCCAGCAGAAAAUUGGCUAUGUGCGAUUUGAAUUCACUCGUACGCGACCCCGACGUGGGACGAUAUUGUGUGUGUACUGUGUGCGUGUGUGUACUGUGUGCGUGUGUGUACCGUGUGCGUGUGUACCGUGUGCGUGUACCGUGUGCGCUAUUCGGCAGGCAGCCGUCUCCCCCGCGCGCUUUCGCUUUGUUACGCCCUUGGAACGCAUCGACUGCGCCCGUGUAAGAGCGAGGGAAACCUGUACACGGUUUGAGAUUGAUCACCACAGUUGCAUCGGAGGAUAUUUUUGUAUUCUCCAUCCGUGAGGGGAUGGGCGCAUCUGAAGUGCGGUUUUGUCACGUGGUUCAAAACAGAUUUUUAUUUGCAGGGUUGCCGGGAUGUUUUUCUGAUGAAGUUCGCUUUCGGGGACCUUGGAACGUUUGCACUGUGUGGGUUGCCAACGGAAAUAUCAUUGGUUCUGCUGGAUGCAUGUAUAUAUACCGCAUUGCAGUAUAUACAAAUACAAAGCUUGCAUAUUCACUGCUUGUAUAACAUGUUUGUGCCUUAUAUUUUACACAGAGAAAUGCCAGUUACCAGAACACGUCGGCAUAGAGAUGAAUAAAAAUAAAAAUGUCUUUCGGUUA